AUGAAGAACUUUCUUAAGAAGCUCCAUAUCAUGCCUAAUCAAUCAGAGGAUGCAGAGGGCCCAAAUUCAUCAAGAUGCAAUAAGUCUAGUAAUGAAUCAUCCCCAGAUAGUAAGCUUUUGCAUUCUAGGUCACAGGAGAAUAAACCUCUCUCUGGUCUUUCAAAUUGGUUAACUUCGGUUGCUAAUAGAAAAAGUCCCAGUCCACCGUCAUCUUCAAAUGUGACUAGAGGAGAGAGAGUGGAGCAACAGGAGUCGAUUAGUAGUAGUGGUUUUGAUGUUGUUUCAGAAGCUGCAAGGCGUGAUUCAGGGUCUACCACCUCCAGGGAUCCUGAUAUCGAGGAGGAGUAUCAGAUACAGAUUGCUUUGGAGUUGAGUGCAAGAGAGGAUCCCGAGGCAGUUCAAAUUGAGGCUGUUAAGCAAAUAAGUUUGGGCUCUUGUGCACCUGAGAAUACUCCUGCUGAAGUCAUUGCUUAUCGGUACUGGAAUUACAAUGUUCUUAGCUAUGAUGACAAAGUCUUGGAUGGUUUUUAUGACCUGUAUGGAAUCAUGACCGAGUCCACAUCAGACAGAAUGCCUUCUCUUGUUGAUUUGCAAGGAACGCCAGUCUCAGAUGGUGUCACCUGGGAAGCAGUGCUGGUCAAUAGGGCUGCUGAUGCUAAUUUGUUGAAACUUGAACAGAAGGCACUAGAGAUGGCUGUCAAGUCAAGGUCAGAAUGUCGAGUUUCCAUGGGCAGUGCUUUGGUGCAAAGGCUUGCUGUUUUAGUUUCUGAUUACAUGGGUGGAUCGGUAGGGGAUCCCAGCAAUCUGUCAAGAGCAUGGCAGAGUCUUAGCUACAGCUUGAAAGCAACCCUUGGUAGCAUGGUUUUGCCACUUGGUUCUCUUACAAUUGGCUUGCCUCGUCAUCGUGCCUUGAUGUUCAAGGUUUUGGCUGAUAGUGUUGGCAUACCAUGUCGGUUGGUAAAAGGGCAUCUGUACACUGGUUCUGAUGAUGUGGCUAUGAACUUUGUAAGAAUCAACGAUGGAAGGGAAUACAUUGUUGAUCUAACAGCAGAUCCUGGCACACUUAUUCCUUCUGAUGCAGCUGGAUCACAUAUAGAAUACGAUGAGACAUUCUUUUCUUCCAGUCCUUUAUCUAGAGACAUUGACUCUUCUCAUGCAGCUUCUUCUAGUAGUGGACACGCAAGUUCAUUUGAAGAACAUUCAGAACCUGGGACAUUGGAAAAGCGAUCCAGAUUGAGAAAUAUUGCUGCUUUAGGGAACCAAUCUGAUGGAAGAGGUGAAUCUUAUGAGGAGGCAAGUUUAACUAGGCUGAGUAAAGGUGAAGAAGAAUCUACAAUGUCUUCAGAUGAUUUGGGAAAAACUUCCGAUGCUGAGAAGGUGCCAGUGCGGGAGCUUCCUGGCAGAUCUAUUUACCCUUAUACACAUGCACAUGCACGCUCUCCUUCUUGGACUGAAGGUGUUAGUUCUCCUCAUGCACGAAGAAUGAAGGUGAAAGAUGUUUCACAAUAUAUGAUUGAUGCUGCAAAAGAGAAUCCACAGUUAGCCCAGAAACUUCAUGACGUAUUGCUUGAAAGCGGUGUUUUAGAUGUGUCUACUGCUGAGGCGAAGUCCCCGACAGAAGAUAAGGAUGAUCACAAACAGAGGACUGAAGUCCUAUAUGUGAAGGAUCAAGAUGAACCUGUUCCUGCUCGAUUUUUGCCUCCUCUGCCUCCACACAGGCUGUCAUAUAAAGCCAGUUCACCUGGUAAUCAACCUGAGCAAUCUAAACCUGUGGAAGGUUUAGGGGUCAACCAUCCUUUUGAUACGAUGGAGAUUACUGGACUACCCAAAUUAUUGCAGUCUGAAGUUACUCCUGCGAAAUAUGUAAAAAACGUUCCUGUGGCUGCUGCAGCCGCUGCCGCUGCAGCUGUUGUUGCGUCUUCUAUGGUUGUUGCUGCAGCAAAGUCAAAUACUGAUUCAAACCUCGAAUCUCCUGUAGCAGCUGCUGCCACUGCUACAGCUGCAGCAGUGGUGGCAACCACUGCAGCUGUCAACAAGCAAUAUGAUCAGAGUGCACGAAGUGACGGAGAUGCAGAUAGUGCAGGUUAUGAGCUACGGGGUAGUGGGGGCUGUGGUAGUGGAGGACGUGGCAGCGGGGGCCAUGCAAGUGGAGGCCGUGGUAGUGGCAGCCGAGAACGCGAUGCUUUGGGUGCCAAUUUAGAAGGCGAGAGAAUAUCUGACAGAUUGGCUGGCAAUGAUAACUCAAUAUCUGACGCUGCCAUGGAUGAUGUUGCAGAGUGUGAGAUUCCAUGGGAGGAAAUUGCCGUGGGUGAACGUAUUGGACUUGGAUCUUAUGGAGAGGUAUACCGUGGAGACUGGCAUGGAACUGAAGUUGCUGUGAAGAGGUUCCUAGACCAAGAUAUUACGGGUGAAUCUCUUGCAGAAUUCAGAAGUGAGUUUGAUUACAUCCUCCAGCAACUUAAGGAUAGUUUGACACUUUGUUAUGUUGAUGCUAUAGAGAAGAUUUUGGCAGGCAUAAAUGAUGAUAUGCUUCGCUUCUCUAGCCAAAUUACUGAGCAUUACAAAUUCUAUGCUAAUGUUCGAAUCAUGAAGAGACUCAGGCAUCCCAAUGUGGUUCUCUUCAUGGGAGCAGUAACUCGUGCCCCAAAUCUUUCAAUUGUUACAGAGUUUCUUCCUAGAGGUAGCUUGUAUAGAUUACUUCACCGGCCUAACAAUCAAUUGGAUGAACGGAGGCGUUUGAAGAUGGCCCUCGAUGCUGCUCGGGGAAUGAAUUAUUUGCACAACUGCACACCAAUGAUAGUACACCGUGAUUUGAAGUCCCCAAAUCUUCUGGUUGAUAAAAAUUGGGUACUGAAGGUAUGUGAUUUUGGGUUAUCGAGGAUGAAGCACAGCACAUUUCUCUCUUCAAGAUCAACUGCAGGAACGGCUGAGUGGAUGGCUCCAGAAGUGCUAAGAAAUGAACCUUCAGACGAAAAGUGUGAUGUUUAUAGCUUUGGGGUUAUAUUAUGGGAGCUCUCUACAAUGCAACAACCAUGGGGUGGAAUGAACCCAAUGCAAGUUGUUGGUGCUGUUGGAUUUCAACAUCGCCGUCUCGACAUUCCAAAUGAUAUGGAUCCAGCAAUUGCAGAUAUUAUUAGGAACUGCUGGCAGACAGAUCCAAGAUUGAGGCCAACAUUUGCAGAAAUCAUGGCUGCGCUGAAGCCAUUGCAGAAGCCUAUAACUGGUUUGCAAUUGCCCAGACCAAGUGCAUCACUGAGAAGUCGUCAGCUGUCACAAGAAGCUGAAGACCAGGCAGGCUAG